AUGGAUGCGAACCAGGCAGUGCAGUUUCUGGAGUCGUUAAUCGGCCAGACGAUACGAGUGCACGCGACCGACACGCGCAUCUUCGUGGGCACGUUUAAGUGUACUGAUGCGGCCCGCAACAUCAUCCUCGGGAACACGUUCGAAUAUCGCCCUCCCACGCCUUCCGCCGUCCGAGACGCAGCCGCCAGUGCCGACACCGACACAACCUCGGCGGAACAGCGCUCGCCCAAUAUCAAGGUGAAUAUGACGAGUCGAUUUAUUGGGCUGGUGGUUGUCCCCGGCCGGCAUCUCACGCAGAUCGAGCUGGAGGAGACCCCGCAGCAGAGUCGCGUGCGAGAUGCGCUCAGGAAGACCCAGGGUUUUGCGUGA